GCAGAUCAGAUCAGAUCACACACAAGACCGAGCCGUGCCCGCCUCGGGAUCAUGCAGUUAGGCUUCUCCCGUGUUCACUUGGAGUCUGUGCUCUUGCAGAUAUUCGGAUUAACAUAUGAAGGGGUGUAAGUGAAUAAACAGACUCGUGUCUGCAGCUUUGAUGCACAUGCUGAUGGGAGAUCAGAUUACAGGCAUCAGACCGCAGGCUUUCAUCUGAGCUUUGACUCCAGGGCUGGACUCUGGAAGGAGCGCACUGGAUCACAUCCCGUUCCCGAACAGCUUUCCGCAGGAGAGGGCGAUCUCGCGAGCGACUCGUUGAUUAUCGUGUAUGUGGGAAAGACCUUUCACAAUGCCCCGGGCUUUGAUCCUCUCCACCUUUUCUCUUCAGAGGAUACUCGUCCUUCAACUCUGUGUUAUGUUUGCAGUCAUGGCAGAGGAGAGAAGAGUUUGCAGGGAACAGGAAUACAAGGAUAAGUUCGGAAACUGUAUUCCCUGCCGGCAGUGUGAUGCUGGACAAGAGCUAUCCAAGGAAUGUGGCUUUGGCUAUGGGGAGGAUGCCCAGUGUGUGCCCUGCAGAGCCAGUCGCUUCAAAGAGGACCGCAGCCUGCAGAAAUGCAAGCCCUGUCUGGACUGUUCCCUCCUCAACCGCUUCCAGAAGGGGAACUGCUCCACCACAAGCAACGCCGUAUGCGGAGACUGCCUGCCCGGAUUUUACAGAAAGACGAAGUUGAGUGGGUUCCAGGAUAUGGAGUGUAUCCCGUGUGGAGAUCCGCCUCCACCAUAUGAACCACACUGUAUGGGGCGAGUGAAUUUUGUCCCGGUCCAGCCUGCGGUGACCAGCCCCAGAGACAUGGCUCUGGCUGCGGUCAUCUGCAGUGCGCUGGCCACCGUCCUGCUUGCCCUCUUCAUCCUGUGUGUCAUCUACUGUAAGAGACAGCUUCUGGAGAAGAAACCAGUUUCAGUGAGGUCCCAUGAGGGUCCUUAUGUGGGGUCCGAGCUGUCUUGUCUGGAUCGGAGGGCUCUGGAGUUUUCCCAGCGACCGUGUUGUCACUGCUGUCACAGCUCCGGACAGACCUGCGGUCCUGUGCACAUGAUCCCGUCUCUGUGCUGCGAUGACUCGUGGAGCCAGAGCCGCGGCCGAGAGACUCGUCCAUAUCUCUCUCAGAACAGUCUCAAUGAAGGACCGGUGAAUCCAUCUUUGGGCGGCAGCCAGGCAGAUUUGGGAUGUGCACCUGAUGAGGCCUUCACCACCUCAGACGAUCCCUCAGAGUCCACACACUGUGACGAGGAUGAGGAACGAGACGUGCAGAGCUCAGGCCUGACCCCAGCUGAGCCUGAGGAUGGGUCAAACAGUCGGCUCCUUCAGCCACAGCUGUCUGCAACUGAAGGAUGACCUGCUCUUAUCUCCCCUGCUGUUGGUCUCUGAGAGUCACUCUGGAGGUAGAACGAGCAAAGGAAGAUCCCACCUCCGAUUACAUCAGGCCACACACAAUGAAAACCUGUGUUUUGCCGUCAUUCUCCAGCCGUGUGUGACGCUCGCCAACAGCAGCCUAAAGAGACUUCAUUAAUGUGUAAACAAAACCACACGAGACAGAAGAUUGCUGUCUUUUGUAAAGAAAGCACUAGAUAGUUCUGUACCCCAGCACUGACUACCUGUUGAGGUGGCUUGAAGUUAAGGUUCAGCUGCAGGUAUUGGUUGCAGUUGACCUGAAUGGUUUGCAUUGCUCUUUGCAGUGCAUUCCAGUUUCAUAGAUCAAACUGCGCUGUGUGUGUGUGUGUGAGUGUGAUCUCCAGUGUGUUGAAUUGUAGAUAUUGUAUGAGAGGAAAUAGAAGGACAAUAUUUUUUAUAAUGUAGAUUCUCAUCUCAUGCCUUCACUCUUGCUUUUCGUAAUGAUGUAUGGUGAACUCAUACAAACCUUGUGAAUUGUGUUGCUCAUCAAAUUUGUAAAUAAAACUUUAUAAGCUU